UGCCUUCAAUUUUAAUUGCAUCUGUGCAGAUUUUUUAAAUUGUGAGUGAAAUAGGUGGUGGUGCGCAUAAGGACUCUUUUUAGAGUUUGUUCAGAGGUCGCCUUAAGAUUUCAUUGCUUGUUUUCAACGGUGAAUUAAAACCUCGUUCAAGAUGGCUUUCCACAUCAACGAUAUCCAAUGCAGCCAAUCACGGCCAAAAAGAUAUUCAAACAAUACCAAUGCAAAUACCAAUACCAACGAUAACAGCAGAAGCGGCAUUUCCAGUAACAACAAUCAAAACAGCAACAACAACAGCAACAACAACGGUGCCACCGAACAAAAUAAUCAAAAAAACCGAGAAAACGAAAAAUUUAAUAUUAAUGAUCCGGGAGCCGCAAACACAAAUGAUAUCAAUACCAAUAACAAGGGUGCAAUCGAUGCAAACUUCCAAUUGCGAUCAGAAGAGCAAUUUGAAGGCAUUUGUCGAGGUACCAAAAACGAGUACGAAAACAAGAAUAUUUUUGCUUACGAGGCCUACGAAAACUCAAUACAUAAAGCUAAUGCCAGAAGUGGUGUCAAAGAACGAGAACAAUUUAAAUGUAAAGACACCAACAACGACAAGUGUGAAAAUAGAACCACAAACAAAAAUUAUAAGAGUGCCCUUUUUAUCGAGGUCUCGAAUGCAAAACGUUUUAGUGAAGAAAACAGAAUUGAAUUAUUUACCGCUAAAGAAAGAAACAACAGAGACUCAGAGUCUAAAUCAAUUAGAAGUGAUAUCGAAUUUGAAUACGAAUCAAAGCCAGAACCAAAGCGUUAUCACAAAACCGAGCACAAUAAACCAAAUCAAUUUGGAUUGCUCGGAAAACCGAAAGCCAUCGACAUUAACUUCGAUGGCCGAGAUAGAAUUGGCAAAUGCCGAUGUGAAGAUGUCGCAUUCACAUGCGGAAAUGAGUGGAGCAAUGCCGCCUACUGCUACAGUUGAAGAGAUAGAUGUUCCGGUAUUCAUAGAUGAAUAUAUUAGAAAAACUUCGUCGGUCGACAACAUACAAUCAACUAUCGGAGAUAAUUUUAAUAUAUUUAACAACAACAACACCAACAGUUAUAAUACUACCAACCAGAAUAUAAACAUUAUCAGUGAGCCGUGCAAUGUAAAAGGAAAUGUGCGGAAUACGAGUGAAAUUUUUGAAAAUUUCGAUUUUGAUUUUGGCCCAAUUUCCAAAGAACAUCAACAUUCGCUCAACAAUCAACAACAACAACAACCACAAUGUUCAAAUGAGAAAUCAAUAGUUCUACAUAGGGAGCAACAGUCAUCUGAACAUUGUAUGAAAAACGAAGAAGAUCUGCUGAACGAAUUACUGUUUGUUUCGGAUAUUGGAUCGGAUGAUCACGUAAUUAGCAACAAGAAUAACAACAUCAAUAUCUUACAAUUUGAUAAAAACAACAACAACAAUAACAACAAAAAUAAUAACACUAACAGCUACAGCAGCACAACAGUAAAUACCGCAAUUAAUAAUAACAGCAACAAUCAAAGCAAAAUGGAGGCUAAUAUAAUCUUUGGCGAUGACGUUAGUGAUUAUGGUACAGAAUCACUCUUCAAAAUUUUACCAAGUAGUCAAUAUGAUGAGACAGUGCUUAUGGAUGAGUUGCGAGAAGAAAAUAUGUUUAACGAGAUUACGGAACCACCUAUCGCCGUCAUGAAUAACGAUGAAUUAUCGCUUAGCCAAUGCUUCCUUAACUCGCAGCCGAAUGACAUCUUAUUUACAAAUCACUUUACAUCGGUUGAACAACAUAAACAUUUAAAAGAUGAAAUAUCUAAAGCCGAACCUUUAACAUUUGAUUAUGACUUAUUGCCGGAUGAUGUGCCCAUGGAAAUGGCACCAGAUUACCUUAACAAUUCUACCGAAUGUUUUGUCAGUUGCCUAAAUGAAAACGAAACAAUUGAACCAACAGCCAGUACCACUUGCCGGACAUCCACAAAACGUACCUCAACCGAAAUUCCAUCAACAGCAAUAGGGGAACAACCAUCAAAAAGGAAACUUUUUUUGGAUAUAAAAAGAGUUUCUAAUUCAGAAAAUAAUGCGGCUGCUUUAACCUUGGAUACGCCUUCAGUAAUCGAAUAUAUAACGCAAGACUUUUCUGAGGCAACAGUAAUUAAUGUACAAUCAGUAGAUACCAUAAAGAAGCAGCUUGAGGAUAGUUGCUCGGGAUUUUCGGAGUUAAGUGACAAUACAGAGGACUAUUUACCACCAACGCCCUGCAGUUCCUUUUCGGCCACUAAUCAAAGUGCUUUUACUGAUGACUCAAAUUCACCUUGCUCGUCUAAAACACAGAAUCAGCAAUACCCUUUAGAUUCGGUAUCCACUAAACGAAGACGGGGUCGGCCCGCCAAAAUGCAUAGCGAUAUCCCAGAUGAAUCGAAACUAAAUAGCAUGAGCAAAAGCGAAAGACAAAAGAUGCUGGAUCGUUAUAAAAAUAACGAAGCUAGUCGCAAGUCGCGUCUAAAGAAUAAAGAUCGAGAAUUGAGAUUAAUUGAAGAAGAAAAAGAAUUACAAAUCAAACAUAACGAAUUGGAAAGAAUUUUAGAAACCCAACGCAAAAUGGAAACUAAAUUAACCAAGGCUUUGAAACGUCGACAUUUUAGUAGCGACCCUUAGGUUUAAAUGUGCGAACACUAAGAGCAUCUCAUGAUUUUUUUUAAAUACAUUUCUGUAUCUGCUUUUUCUUUUUUCAACUAAUUCGAUUCAAACGUUAAGAUUCACAUCAAUGUACCUAAGUCAAGCCUCCCCCAUCGAUGAGUUAUAUAAAUGCUGGAAGGCAGCCAUAUAAAAACACUAUUUAAGAAUUUAGACUUUAGAAUUUAAGUUGUCAAA